GCACCCCUCGGGCCGCCCCGUCGCGGAAGGCAGUAAACCCUGGUCCAAGCACUGCGCCCGCGAUCUCCAGCGCUCCUCCCACCCCGCUAGUCCACCAUGAUUUGCAAAAAGCCUCUGCCCUGUAAAUUAGCCCCGCCCGGCUCCGUGACUCCGGCAUCUGAGACGGGCAUUGGCUAUAAAAUGAAGGAGUGCGCCAGGUCGCUGUUCUCAGCAGAGGGCUAGGAGCAAAGAAACGCUUCACUCCAGUCCUGGCUCUGCCACUGAUUUGGUCUUCAGUAGUAGAAGAGUGCAGUAUCCCAUAAUAAUUCAGCAAAGAUGUGGAUGGUGUCGCCCCCUUCUGGUAUAUUUCACCACUUUAAGAAGCUGUUCCUGAGUGAGCAAGCAGGCCGAGCCCAGGCUCUGGAGUUUGUCCGCAAGAAUGUCGCCAAUGCCCUCUCUGUGGCUAACCUGAUCAUGGGUCUGUCUUCCAUCCUCUGCAGUCUAAAUGGGCAAUACCACUGUGCUUGCUGGCUGCUCCUGAUCGGGUUCCUGCUUGACCUAGCUGACGGAGCGGUUGCUAGGCAACUGAAUGCUUGCUCAGCCCUGGGUGCCAAGCUGGAUGACUUUGCUGACUUCACGUCAUUCGGUCUGGCCACAGCUCUGCUGCUGCAGGCUCACGGGAUCCUGGAUGGCUUGCUGGCGAUGGUCUAUGUGCUCGCAGUCUUUGCCCGCUUGUGUUUCUUCUCGAGUGGAAUCCCUUUCAUGUACCGAGGCCUGCCCUGUCCCUAUGCUUCUUCCCUCCUGACGGGCACAUACCUCUUGACAGGGGGCAACCUUGUGGUUCUACGGAUUGUGGCCAUGAUAAUGAUCCUGUUCAUGGUUGACCAGGGCUUCUAUCCCCAUGACAAAGUACUGGAGUCCCAGCUCUGGAAAAAGAUGGUCUAUGCAGGGGGUAUCCUGAUGGUUUUGUUCUCUUCCUAUUCAAUAGUCUCUCUCUACUAUCUCGUUUGGUCUACUACUUACAUCUUCUUUCCAGUCGCCUUGUGGAGCAGCAAAGUUUAACUGCACGCUUGAUAUUGUGUAGAUGACAGCUUCAUGUGUCACCAUGAUAACCUGCCAAAGGCAACACCUGUGACCUAAAUGAAGACUUAUCCUGUGUUAACAUCCAUGAGUUGCCUAAUCCUUACUAAAGGUUUCAUCAUUGAAAUCAUCUAUACUUGAAAGUAACAGCGACUUGUCACUUCAAAUAACACUUUCAAACUGGAGUGGUAGGAAGUAUCUGUGUUAACACAGCUCCUGCAGUUCCCCUGCCUGUUUCAAAGUGUUCAUGUCAUGCCUGCUCUCUGACACCACAUGUAAUAACUAACAUGAAGUUUAACGCUUGUUAAUGGGGAAACUUCAUUUAAACUCUCCCAGAUAUUUGAGGGUUUGCUGAAGAUGUGAGUACAUGUUCCUUACAAAAAGAUACUGUAGGGAUUUAAGUUGAGAAAUUCAUUUUCAGAUUUUUAUUAUGCUUAAAAUCAUGAAUUUAUAAAGUUAUUUGCUUCUUCUAGAGUUGUAGGGCAGUAGACACCCACGAUGGGGGUUCCUCUAACAACCCCACAGGCCCAACCUCAGCUGUGACUCUGGAAGAGGCCCAGGAAGGCUGGGAUCAGUAUCAGAAGCACUGAGAUUGGUAUCUUAAGCACUGAGAUGUUGAUUUGAAAACUGCUGCUUAACACCUUGACCCAGUGGUGCCCAACCUUAUUAUACGGGUGGGCCACAGGAACUUAAGCACGACCCUUGGGUGGGCCAAACAGAUUUGACAGAUUUUAAUCAGAUUUCAAGGCAUCUGUAUUGAUUUAUAUUUGAAGUUCUGCUUGUUUCGUAUGUAUUUAGCUAGGUUGUUUCUAUGUAAAGUAUUGUCUGUUUACACACUCGUGUAAACUAAAAUGAUGUAAACAUGAUGACAAAACGCUAAUGUAUUGGCCAUUAGUAUAUUGUGUUGAAGCAGGGUGUGGGCCUUAUGAAAUGCUCUGGUGGCCUGUAGGUUGGGGUCCCCUGUCCUAACCCAAUGAAAUGGCAUGAAAAUAGUUAGAGUAGGUUUAUUUGUAUAUUUGUAAUACACAGGAGAGCACAACAGUGGCUUUUUUCUUAAUGGAUCACUGAGGACAAUCUGAAAUUGCUCUCAGUCCUUCUCAGCAACAGUGUUUGCAUUUGCACGAAAGAUGAAAACGUACCACCCCUUUCUAGAGGUGGUGCAAUGCAGCCCAGACUGCGGUAGGACACAGCUAGGAAAUGUAUGUUUAGAAGAGCCAGUGACUAACUGAACAUAAGCACAUGGCUUACAUUGAAUCACCUAGUCCUAUAUUCUCUGCAGAUACUGUAUCUGGUAGGGCUUUUAUCCUGCUCCAAGGGUCUUGGCUUCUCAUCAGUUAGGCUGAGAAAGCAGAGGUAUACCUAAAAAGUAGUGUAGAUGGUUAUUUUACUAUUUUAGAUAAUUAUGAACAGCUCCUCAUUGAAAUUUGAGAUCUGUAUAUUGUAAAUUGUAACCACCAACUCCUCUAAUGCUCACAUAGAAGUAAUCAGACUAGUGAGAUCAUCUUGUAAGUGAAACGUAAAACCAUACAUACACUAUACCAGACCAAAAUUCCACUGCAGUGGGACCUUAUCAUUUCAGAGAAUCCUGUGCUGAAGGAAGGAAAGUUAUGACUCUCCCACUACAAAGCACCUGCCUCUGAAAAGGGAAAAAUGUCUAGCAGACCAAGGGAUAAAGAAUAACCUCUUAAAUGUUUGGGAUCCUGGUGUAACUACAUUGAAGUCUGUGGAGUUGCACCAGGUCUGAACUUGGCCCAGCUUUAUUGCCUGUACUGGAGUUGUACCUACUGAGGUAGGAAUUUGGCCCACUGUGUAAACUUCGCUGGUGAAGGGACUUUACCCAACAGUGAGUCGUCUUGGCAAUGUGAAAACCUCUCCCUGGACAUAACUUGGACUGUACCUGUGGUUACAAGUCUGAGGCUCCAAACUUCACUUCAGAUGAAAGACCAGGGAAAUUGACCUAAUACAUAUGCACCUAUGUCAGUCCAGGCGUAGCUAGAUCAAAAACUAUUGCAAAACAGUAAAACAAAUUUUUGGAAACACUUGAUACCUGAUUCUGAUCUCUUUGCUGUGGUGUCAAUCUGGAGUAACGUCACUGAAGCCAGACUAACAUCUGGGUAAAGCUGGAGUGAGACCCAAAUCAGGCCCUUACAGUUCAAGUUAUGGCCUCAAUUGACAAAUUAUGAUUUGAGUAUCAUUCCGAUAAAGAAAAUUAAUUAAAAUAACCAUUGGAUUAACUAGUUUUUAACAUUGGUGUCCUCCUAAUUAAUGAUUCAGUCUGAGAGUGCAUUUGAAAAUAAAAUAGCCAAACUACUGGGGUAAGAUCCUUCUGCCUUAAUUUUUUGACAAAUGCGUGUUCUCAUAAAGGUUGAGGUUUUCUCACUUGAGCUGUCUGGGAAAGGGGAAAGUGGGUCAUGUAAGCACCUAGAUUCUGCCUCCUACCUUCUCUAGGGUUGUGAAAAUAAGCCUGACCUUCAAAGUGUGCCCCCGGAAGAGCAGACUGAUGAGAACUGCCGAAGCAAGUCCUGCACUUUGAAGCUCCUUUUCUAGAGGCCUGAUCCUGUGAGGCCCUGAAUGCCUCCUGGGAGAUGCAACUGACUUCACUGGGAACUGAAGGUGCUCAGCAUUUCACAGUGCCAGACCUUGAUAUUUCUGCUACACUGUGUUUGAGUCUCGAAAUGACAAAUGAGUCACUUGCGUGCCCCAGGAGGGCCAGUAGAGCAAUCCUUGCGUUCACCAGUGGUAUUCAGGCACAAUAGCAUGUGGCAGCUGUUGCAGUGGGUCCAAGCAGAGGGGCACUUGACUGUUUUCAAGCCAUUGAGUCCCUAAUUCUGAUUGCAUCAGCAUCCUUAGAAGUAUCUAAACUUGGUCCCGUUGACUAGAGGGCAUAAAACUAGCCAGGCUAAACAGUGGCUUCCUGUCUGUGCUCAGAAGUGCCUUGUUGGAGCCCUAGUCUCUCUUGCAUUGUGGUUGCUCGUGGACCCUGGAGCAGGGACUGGCUACGCGCAGGCAUAGCCCUGUGGCUGGUAUUGAUGCAACCUCUGCAGCCAGAAGAAGAAUGGCUCCAUUGUGAGGCCUUCAGUACCCCUCCCUCUGGCGUGGAGCAAGGAGUAGCUAGGAAUCCACCCGUAUGGCACCUUAUCACAACACACGCAAAACUGGAAGACAAACAGAAGCAUUCCCAUUAGGCACAGCCUUCGCUCCCAGAGUGCUCUGACUCUUCCCAAGUGUUUUUUAAACACGGCCCCUUAUCUGAUGCUGUGACUACACCUGGCAUUACUUCCAUGUCCCCAUUUUUUGUUUGCACAUUUGCUGGCACCACUAACGGGUUGGAGCGAGCGAACGCACCAAGCAAGAAGCUGCCUGGCGAAAUGGACUGUAGCUCAUCUGUAGCUGUGGUGUGCAGGACCGGAGACUGCUGCGAAGCUGUUCUGUUCUGGCAAUUGAAUUCUGAUCAAGAGAACAUUCAAUUGGCAGAUGUAUCACAAAUGUACAUAGUAAUGUAAGAAGAAAAGGAGGACUUGCGGCACCUUAGAGACUAACCAAUUUAUUUGAGCAUGAGCUUUCGUGAGCUACAGCUCACUUCAUCGGAUGCAUUCAGUGGAAAUGCAUCCGAUGAAGUGAGCUGUAGCUCACGAAAGCUUAUGCUCAAAUAAAUUGGUUAGUCUCUAAGGUGCCACAAGUCCUCCUUUUCUUUUUGCGAAUACAGACUAACACGGCUGUUACUCUGAAACCUGUCAUAGUAAUGUAAUGUACAGAAGUAAUUGUAGUGUGGUUUUUUAUUGUUGUUGAAGUCCUGAAUAUAUUUUAAAGAGAAUUAGCUCCGUCCCCACCUGAAUACUGUGGGGACAGAACUCUUCUCUAUUGAUCAAAUCUUUGGUUGGGAAGAAAAUAAUCUACCAGCUCUUUUAAAAUAUGACAUGAAGUCUUGAUGUCCAGGAGUUUUAGAAUAUUUAUUUUUUACUGAUCACUGUAGUGAAACGUAUUGUUUCCCCCCUGCAUUUGCUUUAUCUGGGGAAAGGGCACAGGAAUGGAAAAUUGUACUUGAAAUUGAAGUUCAAUCUCUGGAAAUAAAAUGUUGGGGAAACAUCCAA